AACAUGGAGCCUCUCCAGCUGUUCCUCCUGCUUGCAGUCACAGGCCUGUCCCCAGCCCACAACAUCACAGUGUUCCAGGGUGUGGAAGGCUGGCCCCUGCAGGUCUCCUGCCCCUAUGACUCCUCGAAGUACUGGAGCAGACGCAAGGCCUGGUGCCGACAGCUGGGUGAGGAAGGCCCGUGCCAGCAGGUAGUCAGCACCCACCGCUCGUGGCUGCUGUCCUUCUUGAAGAGGUGGAAUGGGAGCACAGCCAUCACAGAUGAUGCCCUAAGUGGCACACUCACCAUUACGCUGCGGAACCUUCAAGCCCAUGAUGCUGGCCUCUACCAGUGCCAGAGCCUCCGUGGCAGUGAGGCUGACAUCCUCAGCAAGGUCCUGGUGGAGGUGCUGGCUGACCCCCUUGACCCCCAGGAGUCUGGAGAUUUCUGGGUCCCUGAGGAACCCGAGAGCUUUGAGGAGGCCCAAGUGGAGCACAGCAUCUCCAGGGCUGAGAGACACCUGAGAAGACAGACCCUAGAUGGGAGGAGAGGCCCAGGAGAAGUCCGGCCAGGGAUCAGACCAUCUGCACACUUGCUGCUUUUGCCACCAAGAUUCCUGGUUCUGCUCUGGAAAGGAGCCACUCUGUCUGAGCCCUACUUACCUGGGCCCCUGGGAAUCUAA